AUGGAUGAGCUGUGUGCGAUGAACUCGCAUCCAAUUGAGGCGCACGGAUUACACGUUGGCCUGCCGGAAGGACUGAUGGGGAACUCUGAAGUGGGUCAUUUGAACAUUGGCGCUGGCCGAGUGGUUUACCAGGUAAGCGACGGAGGUGUGCAUUCGCAUAUCGAGCAUUUGUUUGGACUGAUCACAGCAAUAAAACAGCUCAAAGUUCCCAAAUUGUACAUCCAUUUUUAUGGCGAUGGUCGCGAUACGAGUCCAACAAGCGGA